AUUCACGAAUCGGACAUCGCGAAUCGACACACCACCGGAAAGAGGAACACAACGAAGGGUUUGUUUUGGUGAAUGUUACAGAGAGCUGAAAAACACACAAUUUUAACAUUUAUUUAUCGCUGAUUUUUUUUUUUAAAAUACUUAAGUUAUGAAGCCAGCAGUUGAUGAAAUGUUUCCUGAGGGAGCUGGUCCGUAUGUGGACCUGGAUGAGGCAGGGGGCAGCACUGGACUGCUGAUGGAUCUGGCCGCCAAUGAGAAGGCAGUGCACUCAGACUUUUUCAAUGAUUUUGAAGAUCUAUUUGAUGACGAUGAUAUUCAGUGAUGAAGAGGACGAAUAGGAUGGAUUUCUCCACUGUAUAAAAUGUUCAUUUUUGUACAUUUAAGUGUUUUUUUCUCUACUUUAAGAGUGAUGUUGCAUUAACUCUUCAGUUCAUUAAUAAACUUUUGUGCAAUACAAA